GGAGGAAAUCUUCUGGAAACAAAAAGCGAAUACAAAGUGCGCAACUGAGACACAAAAAAAAUAAUUCAUUCAAUGGCGAAGUUUAAAGCUCAAAGGAACAAAAUUCAAAGGAUUAAGGAUGAUCAUGGAGUUUGCAAGAGAAGAUGAGAGUGAUAUUGCAAGAGAAGAUGAGAUUUUCAUUACGAAGUUAUAUACUUCAGAAAGACGUGAUGUGGCUUAGAAGCUCUUUUCAGUUAUUCCAAGCAUUAUUAUAGAGGCGGAUAAUAGAAGGUUAACUUCUUCUACAAUGUUGGAUGAGCUAUUCAAAAUGAAAUUCAUAGUUGUUUCCAUGUCUGUGGAAAGUGCACCUAGUCUAGUUUGGAAAAAAAUUCGUAUAGCUUGGGAUAUUAUUCAAAAUGAUUUGCUUAAUGCUGCCAACUACUAUUUGGAAGGUGGAGAAGUUUCUAGUUCAAUUAAUUCAACUUUAUUGACUCUUAUUCCCAAGGUGCAACAUCCUAGAUCUUUCUCUGAAUUUCAACAAAUUAGCUUAUGUAAUUUCAUGUACAAGAUUCUGUCAAAGCUAGUUGUUGUCAAAUUGAAAAUUCUAAUACCAAAGUUGAUAUCUCAAGAACAACACGGAUUUGCUGAAGGGAGGAGUAUUGGGGACUGUAUCUCUUUGGCACAAAUAAUUGUGGAUGAGCUGGACAUGAAGACUUUAGGAGGGAAUAUGAUUCUAAAACUUGAUAUAAUGAAGGACCGACGACAGGUUAGACUGGGAUUUCAUUUGUGGUAAUGUUCAAAGGUUUAGUUUCUCUAGUCUCUUUAUUCGAAUAAUCUGGAGUAAUCAGCAUUUGUCUAUUUCAUUGAAUGGUCA